AUGGCCAAUGGCACCAAGAUGAAACCUAGUAGCAUAUGUAAUCUCAAGUAUCAGAACACGAGCCGCAAUUUACAUAGAACCCCGCCAGCCUGCGCCCUCUUGUCCAAGUGGCGCUACGAUCCUGUCAUACGAUUCAGGGACACUCCGCCAGUGCAGGGUGACGAAGGAAAACCGCUCGGAAGUGGCUCCGGCACACAGCAUCAUACGGCCUCAGUCCACGUGUGUUUGACAACGAACCACUUUAAACUCGAAGAUCAUCAGACGGGCGAACAGCACAGACAGCCAGAAUUCCAUGCUGAAAUCUGA